AUGGCGCUUAACCUUACUGUCAAAGUGCAUCCCGUGGUUUUAUUUCAAGUCGUGGAUGCAUACGAACGACGAAAAGCGGAAUCGUUGCGCGUUAUCGGCACUUUACUAGGUACUGUGGAAAAGGGUAUUGUUGAGGUAACCAACUGUUUUUGUGUCCCGCACAAGGAAUCAGAAAGCCAGGUGGAGGCUGAUCUUACUUAUGGAAUGGAUCUGUACGACCUGAACCAUCGUGUCAAUGCACAAGAGAAUAUUGUCGGUUGGUGGGCUACUGGCAACGAGGUUACCACACAUUCAUCUGUUAUUCACGAAUACUACGUGCGAGAGUGCAAUAACCCAGUGCACUUGACCGUUGAUACUACACUGACAAACACAACGAGGAUGGCAAUUAAAGCUUACGUUUGUGUUCCACUGGGAGUACCUAAUGGCAAGCAGGGAUCCAUGUUUACUCCGGUCAAAGUUCAGAUUGCAUGCUAUGAGCCAGAAGUAGUAGGACUGCAGCUAUGUUCAAAGACUCAAUUGCCAUCUCACAUACAAGCAUCUGGAAUUAAAUCUACUGGAGGGAUAGAACCUAUGAUGGAUCUUGCGCAAGUCUCAGAAGCUUGCUCUAAGCUCUCUUUAAUGCUGGAACAAGUGUUGGCAUAUGUUGAUGAUGUUUUAGCAGGAAAGCAACUGCCAGAUAAUCAAGUGGGCAGAGCUCUUUUGGAUAUGGUACAUUCUGUACCGAAAAUGACGAGCGACCAAUUUGACGAAAUGUUUAACAGUAAUGUUAAGGAUCUUUUGAUGGUUGUUGCGUUAUCUCAAUUGAUAAAAACGCAGUUGCAGCUCAACGAAAAGCUUACUUUACUCACUACUCUAUGAUCAAGAGCAUUUUGAUCUUUCACGUUGUAUAAAUAUCCAACAUAGGAGGAAAUAAUAGUUCAGUACUGAUGCAUUUUGAUUAUUUUUAAUACCAUCAAUUAAUUGGAAUUAUAACAGUAUUUUGUGAUUAUAAUAAAGCGUGAUUAUAAUUAAUAAAGUAUAAAAAGUGUGUCAUUAAAGAUACAAUUAUGUACAACGCAUCUUAUAAAUAAUUACAAUUAUACAACAUGUAAUAAAUACAAUUAUUUAUC